AUGUUCCAUGAAUAUCUGCCCAUUGUCCCAACUUUGUUUUAUCUUCAGUUUCCACUAAUUUGUCUAAUCCACAACAUGAACCGUGAAGACCGGAAUGUGCUGCGUAUGAAAGAACGGGAAAGGCGGAAUCAGGAAAUUCAGCAGGGCGAAGACGCCUUCCCACCCAGCUCUCCUCUCUUUGCUGAGCCUUACAAAGUUACUAGCAAAGAAGAUAAAUUAUCAAGUCGCAUUCAGAGUAUGCUUGGAGACUACGAUGAAAUGCAGGAUUUCAUAGGAGAUAGAGCUAUACCAAAGCUUGUAGCAAUUCCCAAGCCUACAGUACCGCCAACCACAGAUGAAAAAUCAAAUCCAAAUUUCUUUGAACAGAGACAUGGAGGUUCUCAUCAGAGUAGCAAAUGGACUCCAGUAGGACCUGCACCCAGCACUUCUCAGUCUCAGAAACGGUCGUCUGGCUUGCAAAGUGGACAUAGUAGCCAGCGGACCAGUGCGAGCAGCAGUAGCACCAACAGCAGUGGCCAGAGGCAUGACCGUGACUCAUACAGCAGCAGUGGGAGCAGUAGCCGGAAAAAAGGCCAGCAUGGAUCAGAACACUCCAAAUCACGUUCGUCUAGCCCUGGAAAGCCCCAGGCUGUUUCUUCAUUAAGCUCUAGUCAUUCCAGAUCUCAUGGGAAUGAUCACCAUAGCAAGGAACAUCAGCGUUCCAAAUCUCCUCGGGACCCUGAUGCGAACUGGGACUCUCCCUCUCGCGUACCGUUUUCAAGUGGGCAGCAUUCAAAUCAGGCUUUCCCACCUUCAUUGAUGUCAAAGUCCAGUUCCAUGUUACAGAAACCCACUGCCUAUGUGCGGCCCAUGGAUGGACAGGAGUCCAUGGAACCCAAACUGUCCUCUGAGCACUACAGCAGCCAAUCCCAUGGCAACAGCACAACCGAACUGAAGCCCAGCAGCAAAGCCCAUCUCACCAAGCUGAAAAUCCCUUCCCAACCACUGGAUGCUUCAGCUUCUGGUGAUGUGAGCUGUGUGGAUGAAAUCCUUAAAGAGAUGACGCAUUCAUGGCCUCCCCCUCUAACGGCUAUUCAUACUCCAUGCAAAACAGAACCUUCCAAAUUUCCUUUUCCAACCAAGGAGUCACAGCAGUCCAAUUUUGGCCCUGGAGAUCAAAAAAGAUAUAACCCUUCUUCAAAAUCUUCAAAUGGGCACCAGCCUAAAUCAAUGCUAAAAGAUGACUUAAAACUCAGCAGCAGUGAGGACAGUGAUGGCGAACAGGAUUGUGACAAAACAAUGCCCAGGAGUACACCCGGAAGUAAUUCUGAACCCUCCCAUCAUAAUAGUGAAGGGGCAGAUAACUCCAGAGAUGAUUCUAGCAGCCACAGUGGAUCAGAAAGCAGCUCUGGAUCUGACUCCGAGAGUGAAAGCAGUUCCAGUGACAGUGAGGCGAAUGAGCCGUCCCAGAGCGCGUCGCCCGAGCCUGAACCACCACCAACAAACAAAUGGCAGCUUGAUAAUUGGUUGAAUAAAGUGAACCCCCAUAAAGUGUCUCCAGCAUCUUCUGUGGAUAGUAACAUCCCAUCAUCUCAAGGCUACAAAAAGGAGAGCCGAGAUCAGGGCCCUGGGAGUGGCUACACUGACACCAGCGCGCCGAAAGAGACGAGUUCUGCUACUCCCGGGCGGGACUCCAAAACCAUCCAGAAGGGGUCAGAGAGUGGGCGCGGCAGGCAGAAGUCUCCUGCACAGGGUGACAGCACAACACAGAGGAGAACUGUAGGCAAAAAGCAACCUAAAAAGGCUGAGAAGGCAGCUGUUGAAGAACCCCGAGGAGGCCUGAAGAUAGAGAGUGAGACCCCGGUGGACAUGGCUGCCAGCCUGCCGUCCAGCAGGCACAAAGCAGCCACCAAGGGCUCAAGGAAACCCAAUAUAAAGAAGGAGUCUAAAUCUUCCCCUCGGCCUCCAGCAGAGAAAAAGAAAUACAAGACGGCAAGUAAAUCUUCCCAGAAAUCCCGGGAAAUCAUAGAGACAGAUACCUCAUCCUCGGAUUCAGAUGAAAGUGAGAGCCUGCCUCCUUCCUCGCAGACGCCCAAGUACCCUGACAGCAGCAGGACUCCAGUGAAACCCUCCUCAGUGGAGGAAGAAGAUAGCUUUUUUAGGAACCGAAUGUUCUCUCCUAUGGAAGAGAAGGAACUUCUGUCACCCCUCAGUGAGCCUGAUGACAGGUAUCCUCUUAUUGUGAAGAUUGACCUGAAUCUCUUGACUAGAAUACCAGGGAAGCCUUACAAAGAAACAGAGCCACCCAAGGGGGAGAAGAAAAAUGUGCCAGAGAAGCACACACGGGAGGCCCAGAAGCAAACCUCAGAGAAGGGCUCCAACAAGGGCAAGAGGAAACACAAGAGUGAUGAUGAUAACCGAGCCAAUGAGAGCAAGAAACCUAAAACAGAAGAUAAGAAUUCAACAAGCCACAAGCCAUCCAGCAACAGAGAGUCAUCUAAGCAAAGUGCUGUGAAAGAAAAGGACUUGUUGCCUUCCCCUGCUGGGCCUGUGCCUUCGAAAGAUCCCAAAUCAGAGCACAGCUCUCGGAAGAGGACUAUCAGUCAGUCUUCGUCCCUCAAGUCCAGCAGCAACAGCCACAAGGAGAACAGUGGCAGCAGCAAGAGCAGCUCCUCCACGUCAAAGCAGAAGAAGACUGAAGGGAAGACUUCCAGCAGCUCCAAGGAGGUGAAGGAAAAGGCUCCAAAUAGUGCCUCUAACUGUCCUCCGUCUACACCGACUCCUGACACGUCUAAGCCUCGGAGAACAAAGCUUGCCUUUGAUGACAGAAGUUACUCAGCCGACCACUAUUUACAAGAAGCAAAGAAGCUAAAGCACAAUGCAGAUGCAUUGUCGGAUAGGUUUGAGAAAGCCGUGUACUAUCUUGAUGCUGUGGUGUCUUUUAUUGAAUGUGGGAACGCGUUGGAGAAGAAUGCUCAGGAAUCCAAAUCCCCGUUUCCUAUGUAUUCAGAGACAGUGGAACUCAUCAAGUACACUAUGAAGCUGAAGAGUUACCUGGCACCAGAUGCUACAGCUGCAGACAAAAGGCUCACAGUCCUCUGCCUGCGCUGCCAGUCUCUGCUGUACCUGAGGCUGUUUAAGCUGAAGAAGGAAAAUGCUCUGAAAUACUCGAAGACACUCACGGAGCACCUAAAGAAUUCCUACAAUAAUUCUCAAGCACCAUCCCCCGGUUUGGGAAGCAAAGCUGUUGGGAUGCCCUCCCCUGUUUCUCCCAAGCUGUCGCCAGGCAAUUCAGGAAGUUACUCCUCUGGGGCCAGUAGUGCUUCAGCAAGUGGCUCGUCAGUGACCAUUUCACAGAAGAUCCACCAGAUGGCAGCCAUCUAUGUGCAGGUUACAUCCAACUUCCUCUAUGCCACCGAAAUUUGGGACCAAGCUGAACAGCUUUCCAAAGAGCAGAAAGAAUUCUUUGCUGAACUGGAUAAGGUGAUGGGCCCACUCAUCUUUAACGCGAGCAUCAUGACAGAUCUGGUCCGUUACACCCGGCAGGGACUGCACUGGCUCCGCCAGGAUACCAAGUUGAUGUCUUGAACUGAACAUAUUCUUGAUGCCUCUGAUUUUUCUCCACAACACUGUGUCACAUCACAAAGGAAACUGCCAUAACCAUGCCACCUAGUUGACACUAAGAAUGAGGAACGAUUUUCUCCUCCUUGGUCCGUGUGUUGUUUUUAAUAACCCAAAACCAUCGUUUCAGUUGACCCUUUCAACAUGUCCAAUGUGAAAAAUUAUUUAAAUGCAGCACAGUUGCAAGAUGCUUUAUAAUAAGAUCGAAAUACCAGUUGUGAUUCAUAACUAAGGAAAUGAAAUUCUAUUUAUUUUAAUUUUUCUAAGUUCCCAGAUUGGGGCUUGUUUGAAACGUUAAUUAUUUCUGCCUAUAAAUUUACUCUAUUGAAUAUUUAGCAUAAAUUUAAUGUAAACAUUUUUAUUUAUAUACUUUGGGAAGUUUGUUACCUAAUAAUGUCUUUUUGUGGUAGCUCUUCUAAGAGUUAAGAGUUGGUUCAUCUAGAACAUGGACCUGUGUGUCUAUUCCUACUACCUGAAUAUUAUUUCAAAUCUUAACUACAAUUUUAUUAUUGUAGAAUUGAUGCUUAGUAUUAAGGAUAUUAUACACAUGAAAAAUCACUUAAAUAUGAGAUGUCAUUCUAUGUGGAUGUGAAAUGAAAUGUGUCUGAUUUGGUAUGCAUUACUUCAGAAACUGUGAAUGUGUGUUUAUAACACUAGAACAAUCACAAGGUGUCUAGGACUUGCAUUUAAUGCAUUACAGAAGAGAAAAGGCAGCUUCCCGGGAGAGUGAUAGCAUACUGAAUGGUUUCAUAAAAGGACAAUCUUGAACUAUAGGGGUUUUAUUAUAAAACCGUGUGUUCUUUUUUGCUGUCAAUCAUUUGACACUUAAUUGAAGCAGAGUAAAUUACUAUGGGGAAAAAAAGCAAAAGAUGGUCCAUCUCCUGAGGGUUGUUGCCGGUGUCUCUUGAAUUGAUAUUUGAAGGUUACAAAUCUCUCUGCCAGUUUCCUUGUCUCGUACUAGAUUGUACUGUUCUGACAAGAGCCUGCGGCGAGUGCUGUGGCGUGGGCUGGAGCUUCGAGGGGUGUGCUUUUGCUGUUCAGCUUACAGUUCUAAUGCCCAAUGGGGAGAUGAUGAGUUUUUCUCCUUUUUAAACAUAUCUUGUAUUUACUCCCUUUGUAUUGCGAAGGCCCUCAUCAAUGAUGUAUGUUUCUGAUGGUAUCAGAAAAUUUGCGCUAGAAAAACACAUCACUCGGUUCAUGCUGAGCUCUCUGGGGAAGCAGAGGGAGCAGGGGCCAAGCUUGGGAACCAGCUCUGUAAGAACUGUGUCUCCAGGUUCCUUUCCCUGUCACAUGCAUGUAGGAAUCAAGGGUGACAGAUGGACCUUCCAUAUUUUAUUUGUGACACCCCUCUCUUGUCUCGUGUGCCUUAAAUCUUACCUUUCAAUGAAAACUCUAUGGAUUGUUUACAGAUGAAGUUUUACACUAGAAGCAUACCGCCCAUACGUAGUUGGUCUUCUAUAGUAAUAUUAAAUUCUCUUUCCUUUCAAAUCUUCUUUUAGGGCCACAUCUGUUUUUCCAGUCAAUCUAACGCUUUUGUACAUGACUUAGUCUAACUAGUUGGAUAAUGCUGCUUCAAAAAAUAAUUUGUCCUUCUUCUCAUUCCAAAAAUGAAUCCGUCCAACCCAGGAGAGAAGGAAAAAAAAAAAAACAUGGCCCUACUGCACGUAGAUGGUGGCUGAGGCCUGAAAUUGGAAAGGGAGAAGAUGGGCGGAAAAUCUCAACAUUCAAUGGUGCAGUGAAUCUUUUUUUGUCUCCGAGUCUCUUUUACACUUCUUUCUGAAACUAGUGAACUCGCAUCGUCCUGUGACCUGCUCUGUACCACGUUUGUUUGUUUUUUUUUUAAUGUAUCAUUAACAGUUGAGAUCUGUAAAUUAUGUUGGAUUUAACCUUUUUCUCUUGGAGAAAUUGCCUCUUAAAUCUUUCUGAUUGAACCUUAGUGUGUCCUAGGAACAAUUUUCCUUAAGAGGACAACUUCUCCCAGUGCUCAGAAUCGUAAAUUAGUGAGAAACACCUUGUGAAUCCAGUCACGCACGUGCCCUGUCCGUCUGCCGUGUCUGACGCCAAGCCUGCCACUCGCUGUGAUGUCUUCGGAAUGGAAUCCAUGCCUGCUGGGCUCCUGGCCUUCUCAGCAGCCGCAGUCAGCAGGAGCCCUCUGCGCCCUGAUGUGUUCCGGCUUGCUGUGUGCCCUGACAGGCAACCAGAGCACUUCUCGGGCCCCACUGAUGCUUUGUGAAAGCAGUUUCCGGAUGUCUUAUGGUGCUGCUCCACAGAUAUAUUCUCCUUAAAAGUGUUCAUUCUUAGAAAAUGAAUUGUUCAAGCUUUUCAUUGUGGAAGGUUUUUCCCAGCAGGUGGUAAUGGGCAAUACAUCAAAAUUGCCUCCCAAACAGCUGAAUCUUCACCCUCCUAGUCUGUGGAAAUGCUACUUCCUCUCUUGCAUGUCUGUCUGCUGCAGCGUUCCGUGUCGUCCUCUGCUCUGGCGCAUACUCGGGUCUCCUUAAAGGCGACCACUCCUUCCCCCACAGUACGUGUCCUCCGUGUCUCCUCACCAUUUAGAACUCAAUUUUGACAAGUGGCAGAAAAACUUUUUGUUCGAGACUGACACUUCAUAUGUAGAAAUUAUAGAAAUAGCACCUAUUUCUACAAUUCCUCUGUGGACUGCUCUUGUUAGCCCACACUUGUUUGCCUGGAGGCAGCAGCCCACACCACUGGACCCUUUACAGGCCACCAGCGACCCGCUUGUGGUGGACAAAGCUGUCUCAGCAGCCUUGCCAGGCCUAGCUGCGCAGUGGGGAGCGCGCCCUCCAGGCGAUUCAGGCUCCCCCAGCCCAGCCCGAGCUCCAGUCUGCAAAGAGUCCAGCCCUUCCCUUGCCUCAGUGCCACCUUUUCCUGAGCAGGGAGCCAAGAAAGUGACUUUUCGAGCAGUGAGUACUUCCGAGAAAUUCAUAGUUGUAGUUGCUGAAGAGUGGAGAAGACCAGCCACCACUGAUUGCCUUCUCCGGUAUCCACGCAGCUUAGGGUGAUGAUGCACGCCCACGCCCACGCCCACACCUGUCCUUCUAGGGGAGCUCUCACAUCAGAGACUCCGCAGGGGCCUGGGCUGCACUUGGAGUGACACACUUGUGGCUUUAUUAGAUUCACUGUUUCUGUUUUAAUUGUUGUUUGUUUCCUUUCAUUCACGGUUGAAUCAGCUAGCCCAGAAAGCAUUUUGUGCAAAAUUGACAGAAACUUUGGUACAUUAACUCGUAGUGGAUGAGCUUGCGUUGCGCAGCAAGAGCCUACAGAAGGCACCUGUUAGGACGGAAGUGCUGGCCCCAGCGGCCAGGGCUCAGUGGAGUCUCAGAGCAGCCGGUGAGCACUCCACAGAGUGAUGCUUCGUUGUGCAGGGGAGGGCGCCCGGUGCACUCCUCUCAGCAUGAGGGUAUGCAAUGUUGGAUCUUAAGAUUAUGUACACAUACACACUUAUAUAUAUAUGUAUGUAUGUAUGUAUGGAAACAUGAAAUUAGUUCGUCAAAAUGUGUGUGUUUAGUAUUUUAGCUUAGUGCAGCUAUUUCCACAUUAUUUAUUAAAUUGAUCUAAGACACUUUCUUGUUGACACCUUGAAUUUUAAUGUUCAAGGGUGCAAUGUGUAUUCCUUUAGAUUGUUAAAGCUUAAUUACUAUGAUUUGUAGUAAAUUAACUUUUAAAAUAUAUUUGAGCCCUUCUGUAGUGUAAUAGGGCUCUCAUGGGGUGGGGAGGGGGGAAGAAUUUUACUUUUCCAAUUGCUGUUUGAGCAAAAUGGCUUCAUUGUGUAUGUUGAUUUAUAGGGGUUUGUGUCUGGUCCCCAGGAACAUCAUUUGGGGUUGGGGGGGUGACUGUUCUAGAAAGAUUGUGAUGCCUUGGGUUUAAAAAACAAAAAAUCCAAGUGACCUGGGGAGCCAGUGCAUUUGAAAUCCAUACAGACUCGUGUAACUCAUCCUCCCAAAUGAAUGGAACCCAGACUUCAGUGUCACAUAUCAGUGUGUUGAAGAGGCAACUUUUCUUCCAAUAAACUGCAUAUGGAAGGUUGCUCUUCAGGAAAUCAACAGAAAAGCUUGGGUGGCUUGAAAUAUACAGGGACAAGAGGCCAAAUGGGUCAGGUUUGUGAGCAUGCUCAGUAAUGGAGAAUUCUGCUUUGAGACCUUAACCCUAAAACCAAGCGACAGGAAGAGUGCUAUCAGUAAAGCGGAAGCUGGUCUUAGUUCCUAUUGACAUGAACCCUGUGAUUAAUAGUAAACUCGUCUCCAGAAAAGGGAAUACUAAGAAUAGCUGUAUCUUAAUGCAAUGUGGUCACAGGAUAAGGUGUCUGCGUUGUCUGAAGUCGUAUCACUCUUAGGGGCAGCCUAAACCUGUAGCUUCAGACAUCGCCAUGCAAGGGAGUUGGCUUUGAGGAUCGCGAGCGUUGGUCUGUCCUUGCCACCACCGUGCCGCUGAGCAUGAACUGCCGCUCUGAGCACAGAGCUUCCUGAACGAGAGCGGGAAAGCUUCUGCCCAGAAACUCCCGUCACCCCGAGUUUGGGUCUUACUGUUUCCGUGUGAGGUGUCCUUGCAGCUUUUAGUCAUUGGAGUUUUCUGUGUUCCUUUCUGGAGAUGAGCUAUUUGAAAAUACUGCCUUUCCAAUCAGUGCCAUGGUUAUCUAUAUUGUUGAGUUUGUUGUUGCUGUUCAAGAAGUGUCCCCUUUAUACAACUUUUUGCACGCACCUGGCAAAUCACCGACCUGAGCAUUCAGCAGUACUGGGGUACGGGGGAGGGGUGUGGGAGGCUCACGGACAGAGCUGGCCCGACUGGCAGUACCUAGAAAGGCACCACCUCGGGAGGGCCGGACGUGGGCUUGGUAAGCACAGGUAUGAACAUGAAAACUUUCUAUCUAGCCUCCGUUUUGAGUGGUUUUAAGAAAUUUUGUAUAUGGAGGGUGGAAAUGCUUAUAUAUUUAUUAAAAGUUCUUUUAUUUGAAAUUAAAAUUAUUUGGUAAAUAACGGUUUGAUAUUUGGGGAGGGUUUUGGAGGGGAAAUGACGCCGCUGAGAAAUCUUAAAGCCGUUGCUUCUGCAGCAAGGUACUGUUAGUGAGGGGGGUGCCCUUGUUUUGUACAGGACCCAGCUGUUUUUGUUACAUUCUUUUAUCCCAAAUAUUAAGGCAUCUGACAUUCUCAACCAAAAUUUCAAUUAUAUACUGUGGGGUUUUUUUUUCUUUGUUGCAAUACAUUAAAAUUUCAGAGGUACUUUGGGGUUCUAAAGCUAGAAUUUCUAAGUCAGUAUGUGCAUUUCACAUAAUAAAGCUGUUAAUGGUGAGCAAAGUAUUAUAAUACUAACUAGAUUUUUCCACAUCUGUAUAGUAUAUUAUAUGUAUUUUGUGGUAUUGAGAUUAUAGAAAGUUUAGAGUGUCAAACAUGCGUUUAAUGUGUAUUUUUAAACAAAUUUAUGGCAAUUAAAAUAUUUGGAGACAAGGGUAUCACAUUUCAAUUUGUAAAGAUCUUUUUAACUCUACUGUGUCAUUAAGAUGCUUUGUAUAAUGCCAAACCAUAGCUGGAGAGACUAAGUUUAAUAAAUAUCAAAUAGAUUUUCUGUAUUAAA